AAAAAAAAUUAUUAACGUGGAAAAAAAAAGAAUAUUAUAUUGCAUCUUCUCUCCGUCGCUGUGGCUCUUCCCGAUACGCCGAGGUUCAGUUGUGGAGCUCCUUUUGUAUCCAGAUCAGAACAGGAAAGCAAGGUGAAAAGACCUCACUCCUCCUGGAGGUGAAAUCUCAAUUGAAAAGCUGGAAUAUGAGGUUGAGACUGCCUUGGUUGUGAAGAAUUGGCUGCAAGGAAAUUGAUUUGAAUUUUCUUGGACAUUUAUUUGGUAUUAAGUCAUGAUGCAAGAAUCUGCGACAGAGACAAUAAGCAACAGUUCAAUGAAUCAAAAUGGAAUGAGCACUCUAAGCAGCCAAUUAGAUGCUGGCAGCAGAGAUGGAAGAUCAAGUGGUGACACCAGUGGUGAAGUAAGCACAGUAGAACUGCUGCAUCUGCAACAACAGCAGGCACUACAAGCAGCAAGACAGCUUCUUCUUCAGCAGCAAACCAGUGGUCUGAAAUCUCCAAAGGGAAACGACAAACAGCGAACACUGCAGGUGCCUGUGUCAGUGGCCAUGAUGACUCCCCAGGUGAUCACCCCUCAGCAGAUGCAGCAGAUCCUCCAGCAGCAAGUGUUGUCCCCACAGCAGCUUCAGGCUCUCCUUCAGCAGCAGCAAGCAGUCAUGUUACAGCAGCAACAGCUUCAGGAAUUCUAUAAAAAACAGCAGGAACAGUUACAUCUUCAGCUUCUGCAGCAGCAGCAACAACAACAACAACAGCAGCAGCAGCAACAACAACAACAACAGCAGCAGCAACAACAACAACAACAGCAACAACAGCAGCAGCAACAGCAGCAACACACAGGCAAACAAUCAAAAGAGCAGCAGUUGGCAGCCCAACAGAUUGUCUUCCAACAGCAGCUUCUUCAAAUGCAACAAAUCCAGCAGCAGCAGCAUUUGAUGAACUUACAACGUCAGGGACUCAUCACUAUCCAGCCAGGACAGCCGUCCCUUUCCGUCCAGUCCCUGCCACAAGGUUUAAGCCCCGCAGAGAUUCAGCAGCUCUGGAAAGAAGUGACCGGAGUGCACAAUGUGGAAGACAGCGUCCUGAAGCAUGGCGGGCUGGACCUCUCUACCAAUAAUACUACUUCUACUACCUCCACUACCACUUCCAAAGCAUCGCCUCCGAUAUCUCAUCAUUCCUUAGUGAACGGACAGGCUUCAAUCCUCACAACAAGAAGAGAUAGCUCAUCACAUGAGGAGACUGGGGCCACUCAUCCUCUGUACGGCCACGGCGUGUGCAAAUGGCCUGGAUGUGAAAGUAUUUGUGAAGAUUUUGGACAGUUUUUAAAGCACCUUAAUAAUGAACAUGCAUUGGAUGACAGGAGUACUGCACAGUGUCGGGUUCAAAUGCAAGUUGUGCAGCAAUUGGAGAUUCAGCUUUCUAAAGAACGUGAGCGUCUUCAGGCAAUGAUGACCCACCUUCACAUGAGACCCUCGGAUCCCAAGCCAUGUCCGAAACCUCUGAAUCUGGUGUCGAGUGUCACAAUGUCGAAGAACAUUUCAGAGACUUCCCCACAGAGCUUACCUCAGACUCCCACCACACCCACAACCCCAGUUACCCCAGUCACGCAAGGACCCUCUGUAAUCACCCCAGCCAGCUUGCACAGUGUGGGACCAAUACGAAGAAGACACAGUGAUAAGUACAACAUUCCCAUUUCAUCAGAAAUUGCCCCAAACUAUGAGUUUUAUAAGAAUGCAGAUGUUAGACCUCCAUUUACUUAUGCAACUCUCAUAAGGCAGGCUAUCAUUGAAUCAAGUGACAGGCAGUUAACACUUAAUGAAAUCUACAACUGGUUUACACGGACAUUUGCCUAUUUCAGACGUAACGCUGCAACUUGGAAGAAUGCAGUACGCCAUAAUCUUAGUCUGCACAAAUGUUUUGUUCGAGUAGAAAAUGUUAAAGGGGCAGUGUGGACAGUGGACGAAAUAGAAUACCAAAAGCGAAGGUCACAAAAGAUAACAGGAAGCCCGACGUUAGUCAAAAACAUACCUACUAGCCUGGGGUAUGGAGCAGCUCUCAAUGCAAGCUUGCAGGCUGCACUUGCGGAGAGCAGUUUACCUUUGCUUAGUAACCCAAGCCUGAUAAACACCACCUCCAGUGGCUUACUGCAGGCAACCCAUGAAGACCUCAACGGUUCAUUGGAUCACCUCGACAGCAAUGGGAAUACCAGCCCAGGAUGUUCUCCGCAGCAACAUAUCCGAGGGUACAGAUUAUUUGAAUAUGCUUUCCCCGACCCGACCCGAUACUUCCGGCCGGUUACAACGGACAUCGGACAUACCGGACAAAUCAGACAUCCCAUUCAUGUCAAGGAGGAACCAAUGAAUGCAGAAGAAGAUGAGUGCCCCAUGUCCUUGGUAACGACAGCCAAUCACAGUCCAGAAAUAGAAGAGGAUAGAGAUAUUGAAGAGGAACCUUCAUCUGAAGACGUAGAAUAAGAAGGAACUUCAGACAUUUCAAUUGCAGGGUUAUAUCACAGACCUCCAUAACCACUCCACGGCAUUGGAUAUAUGGCAGACUUUUACUGUGACUAUUUAUUUGAGCGUGAGUCAAGGAAACAACCUAAUGGAACUAUCUGUGAUUGCCACUGAGU